UCCCCGGUAUUUGCUGACUGAGGAGGAUCUCUGCAACCAGCAGAGGAACUUCAGAGUGGACCAGGAGAAUCCAGAAUCUCCACAGAUUAAAGAAGAACUGAAGGAAACAAAACUUCUACAGAUUAAAAUGGAGCAAGAGGAACCAGAACCUCCACAUAUUGAAGAGGAACAAGAGUAUCCAGAAUCCCCACAGAUUGAAGAAGAGCAGGAGGAACCCCAAACUAUACAGAUUAAGAACACCUUUACCUUGAUGGAGAUUCCUACUUUUGAGGAACAUAAGAACAGUGAAGCAGAUGGAAACACUCAGCAGAGCUUUAAUGGAACUGAUAGUCAGGAUGAAAAAGGGAACCAACAUGAAGAAUCAAAAUCAACUCCAGAUGAAGAGACAGAGCCAGAGAACAGAGAUCAGAGGAAGAGAAGAGACAGAAGUCAUGUCCAAAGUGUGGCCAGCUCUCACAUGUUAGAAGGUCAGUGUGACUCUUAUGUCAGAAGAAAGUUUAAGAUGAAAACUUCUGUUAAGAAAAACAAACAAUCUGCAAAAGAAAAGAGACUUUCCUCUGCAAAGUCUGAUAAAAGAACAAAAAUUCCACACAACGUGUCUGUCCACAUGAGAACUAAGUCUGAUGAAAGACUUUAUGUCUGUAAAGAAUGUGACAAAAGUUUUAGUUAUGCAUCUAAACUUAAAAUACACACGAGAACUCAUACAGGAGAGAAGCCUUUCUCGUGUACAGAAUGUGAUAAAAGUUUUAGUCGAAAAUCUCAUCUCAAUGGACACAUGAGAAUUCAUACAGGAGAGAAGCCUUUUUUGUGUAAAGAAUGUGACCAAACUUUUAGGAGUGAAGACAGUCUCAAAAGACACAUGAGAAUUCAUACAGGAGAGAAGCCUUUUAUGUGUAGAGAAUGUGGCAAUAGUUUUAAUGAUAGAUCUAAUCUCAAAGCACACAUGAGAAUGCAUACAGGAGAGAAGCCUUUUACCUGUAAAGAAUGUCACAGAAGUUUUAGUCAUCCAGUUUCUCUCAAAACACACAUGAGAACUCACACAGGAGAGAAGCCUUUUUCGUGUAGAGUAUGCGACAGAAGUUUUAGACAUACAGUUUCUCUCAAAAUACACAUGAGAACUCAUACAGGAGAGAAGCCUUUUACGUGUAAAGAAUGUGAUAGAAGUUUUAGUAAUACUUCUCAUCUCAAAUACCACAUUGGAACUCAUACAGGAGAGAAGCCUUUUUCGUGUCAAGUAUGUGACAGAAGUUUGAGUCAUGCAGCUGGUCUCAAAAGACACAUGAGAACUCAUACAGGCGAGAAGCCUUUUACAUGUAAAGAAUGUCAUAGAAGUUUUAGUGAAAUAUCAACCCUCAAAUCACACAUUAGAACUCAUACAGGAGAGAAGCCUUUUUCAUGUAAAGUAUGUGACAUAAGUUUUAGGCAUAGAGUGGGUCUCAAAACACACAUGAGAACUCAUACAGGAGAGAAGCCUUUUUUGUGUAAAGUAUGUGACAGAAGUUUGAGUCAUGCAGCUGGUCUCAAAAGACACAUGAGAACUCAUACAGGCGAGAAGCCUUUUACGUGUAAAGAAUGUGAUAGAAGUUUUAGUAAUACUUCUCAUCUCAAAUCACACAUGAGAACUCAUACAGGAGAGAAGCCUUUUUCGUGUAAAGUAUGUGACAGAAGUUUUAGUCAUGCAGUUUCUCUUAAAAUGCACAUGAGAACUCACACAGGAGAGAAGCCUUUUACGUGUAAAGAAUGUGACAGAAGUUUUAGUGAUAAAUCUAAUCUUAAAUCACACAUGAGAACUCAUACAGGAGAGAAGCCUUUCUCGUGUACAGAAUGUGAUAGAAGUUUUAGUCAAAAAUCUCAUCUCAAAAGACACAUGAGAACUCGUACAGGAGAGAAGCCUUUUUUAAAGCAAGGGAAACCCACAGCAGGGGAGCCAUGAAGAAAAGACAAUAAUGUUUUAACUAGGAAAAUUUAAGUAUUGUGAAAAACAUUUUCCCUUAUUUUAAGCGCCAUGUAAAAUUAAAAUUUAAGAAGCGUAUUAUAAUGUUCAGUCCUCACUAUUAACAAUCCAAAAGCAGUAUUUCUGAUCCAUUUACGCAUUUCUGAGUAAUCAUCUAAAAAUUUGUGCUUUGAGCACCAGUCCCUCCUAACCCACAUAAACAAGCGGGUUCUCACAAGCUGACAUCACAAAGUGAGGACGGCCCCUUUCAGGAAGUGUCUACACUGCUAGCACUGCCCCAGGCUAAACACCUUCAAAAUUCUUUCAUUUUAGCAUUGACUUUGAGAAGAAAUGGGUUCUUGCACCUAAUCUGCAGAGACAUAGAUCUAUAUGGAUAUAGUUUACUCUGAAAGGCUUAAGAAUGACAUGAUAAAGACCUUAAAA